AUGUCGAGGGUUGGAAUGAAGGAAAAGUCGGAGGCUGAGUUGAAAAGUCGGAUGGUCAGGGCAGACUGGAAUCCGUUUCGCGGCCAAGGAGGCAAUGGCGGUACGAGAUCAGUAGAAGAUGAAGUUAACACUGGGAAGCGUGGCCAGAACACGUCUCGUGGUGGAAGAAUGGAAGUGGUGGUGGAGACUUGUAGUAUAAUCAGAUCAAUCAUGAAACAUGAUGACACAGCCGAUGCAUCGGACACUGCUCGGCGCUUCCACUCAAAUGCCCCACUCCUUCUACCACAGAGGGCGAUAUCCGCGCUAGUGAUCGACGGUUGUGGUCAUGGAAAACCCAAUCAUGAACUAUUCAAUCGGGGACAAAACGCAAGGCUGAAAAGAUGCCGUGAGAUUUCGGAGAUGUAA